UGUUACAUGAUUAUAAUAUUUUUAUUUUUUAAAUCCACUCCACAGUUUCACACUACUCACGAGUCAUGAAUCAAGACACGAUGAGUUUUCUUAAUUUACGGUUGUCAAAAUACUUAUGCAAUCAACUUCAAGCAAUUGGUAAGAACCUACUGAAACAUAACAUGUUUUAUUAUUAUUAUUAUGUAUUAUAUGUAAUGUAUUAAAUUAUUAGGUGUAAAAUCACCUACUGAAAUCCAAACAAAUUGUAUACCAAAAAUAUUGGAUGGAAUUGAUUGUAUUGGUUGUGCUAAAACUGGAAGUGGUAAAACGUUAGCUUUUGCCUUGCCUAUUCUUCAAAAACUCUGGGAAGACCCCUAUGGAAUAUUUGCACUUAUACUUACACCUAAUAGAGAAUUGGCAUAUCAAGUAAAUUUAUUUAUUUAUAUUUUAAAUAUAUAAUAUUAUUAUUAUUAUUGUAUGUAUAGAUUGCAGAUCAAUUUGCUGUACUUGGUAAAUCUAAGAAUCUCAGACAUUGUGUAGUUACAGGAGGAAUGGAAAUGAUAGUUCAAGCCCGAGAAUUAUCAAAUAAACCUCAUAUUGUUGUGUCAACACCUGGGAGGUAUUAACAUUCUGGAUAGUCAUAUAUAUAGUGUAUAAAGUAUAUUCAAAUUAUAUUUAUUUUACUAUUUACCUAGGCUUGCAGAUCAUUUAGAAAGUUGUAACACUUUCUCACUGAAAAGUAUAAAAUUUUUGGUACUGGAUGAAGCAGAUAGAUUAUUAGGUGGUAAAUUUGAUAAACAAAUAACAACUAUUUUUAGUGAACUUCCAAAAGAAAGACAGACUUUAUUAUUUAGUGCUACUAUGACGGACACUCUUGAAAAAGUUAAAAUGAUAACAAAAAAAAAUGUAAGUCAUUUAUUACUUAGUAAAUACCUAUAUAGUAUAUAUAUAGUGGAUUCUGCCUAAUGUGAACACCGGUUAUACAGGCAUCCGCAAUAGGUAAUAUGGUCAAAAUGGUCUGGUCCCAAAAGUAUAUUAGUAAGGUUGAAAAAAAAAUUGUUUAAUAUGGGUACUCAAAUAAGUUUAUGUGGCAAUUUUUAUUUUAUCAUAGUGCUAGAAUAUACACAUAUGUAUUUAAAAAUAACUUAUAUGAUCUGGUUUCAUCGUAUCUAUGAGAUUGUAUACUAAUCAAAAAUUUGUAUUAUAAAAAGCAUUUCCAUUUAAACUUAAAUGGGAUUUUGUUAACUAAAUAUUUAGAAUUGUAUGUGAUUUUAUGCAAGAGAGUAAUGAAAAUAAUCUAUAUGAUAAGCUUGAAGCGCGUGCCCAUUUUGAUAACCAGAUCUACACUAAACAGCUUAGACAACAAGCUAUUACGUUUUGUAUACUUUCCACAUCCAAAUAGUAAUUUUGUUUAGUACAUUAUAUUUAGUUUUAUUUGUGCAGUAGUUUAAUAUUUUUUUCAAUAGUAUGGUUCACGUGUGCAAAAUAAAAACUAUUUUGAUAUUAAACAUUUUUUAUGUUUUUUAAUUAAUUUCAGUUUUUAUGGGCAACUCCUUAAUGUAAGCAAACAGGGCUGGUCUUAACAUGACCACAUCAAGCGGAAUACACUGUGUAUAUAUAUAAAUAGAAAAAUUCUGUAAUGAAUUAAAUUAUAGGUUAGGUUAAUUAGACAACUUAAAUUGUGGUCUAAAAUGAUAUAACUUAAUAUAGACUGACAUACUUUGCAUGAUAGGUGGGCCACUGUUGUAUGUGGAAAGGUUGGAUAUAGAAAGAAAUUGUAUGUAUAUCUAUAUAAAUAAUAACUUAAAUGGAUUUAAAUUACAUUAUAUACUGUAUUAACUAAAAAAUGAAAUUAUUAAAAGAAAUCGGAAUGAAAAUACAUGAAUAACAAAAAUAUUGACACUUGCUUGAAUUUUUUUUAAUUUAUCAUUAUUUUCAAUUUUGUUUUCUUGUUGUAAUGUAGUUAAAAAUGUUUGUAGAGACUUGAAAUUUGGAUAGAAAACUUAAAAUUGCCUUUAUUAGUCUUAACAUUUUUAAAACAUUUGAUCCAUUUCUGAGCUAUUUAUAGAUAUUUUAUUUUAAGAUUUUUUUUUAUGUUUUAUUUAUUCAGCAAGAUAAAGGUGGAUUAGGAUUAGGUGGAUAAAAUUAUUAGACCAAACAGAAAUGCUUAGCAAUUUAAUAAUAGAUUCGUUAUAAGUUGUACUUAGUGGUCAAUAAGAAAAAGUUGAGUUUAAUGUAGUAUUUUUUUUUGUUUUAAUAAGAUUUGUAUUGUCAAAUUUUGAUAAAAAUCCUAAAUAAAUACAGCCUUCUAAAACAUAUAACUGAACUUCACUCAGAAUCAUUUUUCAGUAGCAAAGGUUAUUUAUUUAUUUUUGAAAAUUAACCUAACGACAAUAUACAUAAGGAACAUUAUAAAUAAAAAAAAAAGUAUUUAAGAAUAUUUACAAAUAUAACUAAUUUAUAUAGACUUAAAAUAUAGAAAAUUGAUAAGUGAAUCUUUAAAAUCAAACUAGGGCAGUAUCAAUAUUAAAACUAUUUGCAUUACACAGCAUUCUGUGAAAUAAUUGAUGGCUUCUAGUACCAUAUGAUGGAAUUCGAAAAGAAAUCAUGGCCAGCAGAUCAGGUACAUCCAAUGAAGGAUGGUGAUAAAGGCCAAAUCAACAUCCAGACGUCGAGAUAAAAGUAAAGAUAUUUACUAUUCUACUAUUAGGUAUUAGGGUGUUUAGAAUCAGGGAAUAAUUGUGAAGAGGAUGGUCUAUCUUGAGUAUAUACGCGACAUAGGACUAAAACCUAUGUUGAAGGUUAACUGUUACAUACAAAAAUACAUUAAAUUCCCUUCUAUAUCCUACCUUCCAAACUUCUUACCCACAAUAAUGGCUUGCCCAUCGUGUGAAGUAUGCCAGUAUUUUUUAGGUAUAAAUUCAAUAAUUUUAAAUUGUGUUAUUAUAUUUAGACUUUUGUAUUUGUAUCAACUACUGAAAUAAAAACAGUUGAUGAACUGGAACAAUUUUUUGUUCUUUGUCCAUACAAUGUAAAGGAUGGAUAUUUAGUAGAAAUUGUUAGACAUUUUCGUGAAAAAGAUGAAAAAGGAUUGAUUAUGAUAUUUACAGAUACAUGCAAGUAAGUGCAAACAUACUAUGCAAUAUAAUUUGGUAUUAUUUUCAAAUUAUGCUUUACGUUGAAUGUAUAUAUUUAUUUAUAUUAAGAUAAUAAUAAUUGAAAUACUAUUAGUUAUGUUUAAUCCCAUGUAUGUAUUUAAAACAAAUGUUUUAAAUUAUUUCAUUGGUAUUAUAUCUUUUACUGUCAUUAUUGACACUCUAUAGAUUAUAACUUAAGAUAAAAUAUCCUAUAAAUAUUAAACUAUAAUUUUUAAUUCAAGUAUUAUAGUAUAAUAUAUUUAUAUUGGUGUAUUGUGUAACUGUAAUAUACAUUAUGUUUAUGUAUUCUUAUUUAGAAAUUGCCAGUUAUUACAUAUGACUUUGAACGAAGUUGGAUUUGACACUGUUGCACUUCAUGCAAUGUUAUCCCAACGUCAAAGAUUAGCUGCUUUGGCAAAGUUUAAAUCCCAUGUUUCCAAAAUUUUAAUUGCCACAGAUGUUGCAAGUCGUGGUCUAGAUAUUCCUGCCGUAUCUUUAGUAAUAAAUCAUGUAAUUCCAAACAAUGCUACAGAUUAUGUUCAUAGAGUUGGAAGAACUGCAAGAGCAGGAAGAACAGGUCAAGCUGUAUCUAUUAUUACUCAACAUGAUUUAAAACUAGUUAAAGCAAUUGAACAAAAAAUAAAUAUUCAUUUAAAAGAAUAUGAUGUUUCAGGUAUAUUAUACAUUUUUGUUUCAAAUAAAUUUUUAGUUGUGUACUUCUAAGUAUAUUAAUAAGUAAAAAAUGGAUUUUACAUUUUAAGUAGUUAUUUUGUGGACUUAUAAGGGCCAUCCAUGGAAAAUUAACUUUGGUACUUGAUGGAAUUCAAAUUUAGUACCUUUAAAAACGUAUCCAUUGUUCCAUUCAUUAGAAAUUACUGUUUUAAAAAUGGCAUAUAUUAUGACUUUUGGAUUAUGCCAAUUCUUAUACAUGCAUAUCUAUGCUUGUUAAAUUAAUGAUAUAAAAUCAUUUACAACUCUGAAAAAAAUGUAUUUAUUUAUGGUUAACAAUUUUUUUUGUUUAUCAGUAGAAAAUAAUCGUAGUAACGUGAAAUUUUAAUUUUCUAUACAGUAUAAUAAACAAAAUAUUUUGUCUUUUUUGAGUUAUUUCUGGUAUUUGAAUUUGCUUGAUACUGCCAUUCUCAUCCAGAAAAAAACUGUUAAAAAUUAAAUGACCUCAAAUCAAAUUUGAAUCUUAUGCUUACCGGGUCGAUUGCUCUAUCACUGAGAUACUCAAUAUCUCACUUUUAACACUAUUCUAUUAGAUUUGAAUGGUCUAACGUUCUGGGUUUGGGCGAUUGGUGGAGUAGUAGAGUAUCAAAUGUGUAUACUUGAAGAGACAAUAUAUCACUCAGGGGCUUUAUCAGGUUGUUCAUAUUAUUAUGUAUACUUAGUAAAUGCUUUUAAUUAUUAUUCAAUUUUUAACUCUUGUUAUUAUUUUUUGAUAUCAUAUAAUUACUAUUCAAUAACCUAAUCUAUGUUGUUUGGAUAAGUAAGAAUCCAAAAAAAAAGUUUUUUUUUAAUCUAUAGGUUAGUUUGCAGCUCCUGCAUCUUUCCUAAUUUACCCAAUAAGCGUGUUGUGAGGUCAUCCAGGUGGUUUUUUCCCUUCAAUUGUGCAUUCUAUUAUUAUUCUGCGAGUUCUUCUAGAUGUCUAAGUAUAUAUUUUAUUAUUUUCCAUCUUCUUACUGUUUCUUCAUUAAUGAUUGUUCUUUAUCAACUAUUUCGAGUACAUUUUGUGUCUUAAAUUAUUAUUACUUAUAUCAUUAUUUGUGUAUUACAUGUGUCUCCAACACUUUGAGUACCUAUCUUUCAGAUUCAUUUAUGUAACCUAAAUUACACAACUAUGUAAGUGCUAUGCUCCAAAUAUAUGUUUCGAUAGGUUUUUCUUAGUGUUAAGGUUUAAUUUUGCAAAUAGUUAGGGUUUUUUACUGGAUGCAACCUUUUCCAGUCGUAUAAGUCUACAUUUCUUACCAUCUGCUGUAAUUCUGUAAUAAUAGUCAAGCUUGUGCUUAUCUAAACAUAUUUUGGUUACUAUGUUUUGUUGCUUCUUUGCUCAAAUUAAUAUCUUAGUCUUUUUUUCAUUUAAAAGAGAGAUGUAUACAAAACAAAUUUAAAAAAUGAAUGUAUUUUGACAAUUUUAUAACCAUAAGAAAAAUUUAAAAUUUUUGUCAAGAUUAAAACUCAAACAAGUCAUAUGUCAAAUUUUACACGGUGAACUGCCAUCAAGCUGCCCUUCGCUCACCUUCUAAACACCUAGUAGUAUUUUCUCAAUUGUUGAAAGGUAUACAAUGUUAUUUUGAUGAAUUGAUGGUCAAAAACUGGAAUAUUGUACUGGAGAUUCAUGAUCAGUGGGUCAUCAGAUUGAAAAUUAGCAGUAAACAGCUAUCCACGUAAUGGUUAUCCCCAACAGCAAUUCAACAACUGGCUGCUCAUGAAUUUCUGGUACAUCAUUUUAGUUUUCAGAUGUCAAAUUCAUUAAUAUGACUUUCUCUUUUAAAUUAACAACUGGUACCAGGGGUUUAGAAUGUGAGAGUGUAAUAUUUCACUUUUCCAUUAAAAUAUUACAAUUAUUUUUAUGUUAUUGCUCUUCAUGAAUAUUCAAACAACUUUUAAUAAUUUUAUUUUUAUUUCUUACUAGGGCUUCAUGUUGCAAAGAUUUUGACUCAAGUACAUGUUACAAAAAGAGAAGCGCAAAUUAAAUUGGAUGAAACUGAUUUUGAUGAACGACGUUUAAUUAACAAAAGAAAAAAAUUAAUAAAUGAAGGCAAGGAUCCGGAUGAGGUAGAACAAUCUAUCAAACGUAAAAGAAAAGAAAAAAGACAAAAACGAUUUGAGAAAAAAAAUAAAAUUGAUACAAGCAAUAUUAUUAAUAAUGAAGAAGAUACAAUUAAUAUUUUUAAUAAUGAACAAGAUAUAAAUAUCAAUACACAAGUUUAAAAUAUAUAUAUAUAUUGUUUUAUUUUAUG